UUAAAGUUAGGAUUAAUACUUUACAGAGUAGUUAUAAUACGGCUAAUGAACAGUUGAAUAUGCUUAGAAAUCAAAAUACUAGUUUACAAACUAAUUAUAAUCAGAUUAGUUCUCAGUUAACUACUACUAGAACUGAAUUAGAGAAAGAAAGAAGAAUUAAGCGAAAUUUGUCUCUUUUGGGAAUAGAUAGAAUGCUUUGGUAUGUUAUUGAACUUGACAAUUAUGUAGGAGGUUAUCUGAGAGGUGGUUUGCAUGAAAGUGGUGGUCUUAAUAGAACUGGCAUCACCACCGGCAUUGAACAAUCUCGAAAAAUAUUCAAAGCUAUUUACAUAAAUAUGGGAAAAAUAAAACAACCAAAAAAAGUUAGCAAAAUAGUUACGGGGAAUUUCACUAAUAAAGAAGAUUUGAAAGUGCGGUUUUUUGCUGAAACGAGUUCUCGUCAAGCUGAAAAAAUUAAUGAAGAUAUUGGCGUAUUAGCUGGUUUUCUUAAUGGUCUUGCUAAAGUAGAUGAUGAUAUCCAAGAAAUCAAGUUAUCUGCUAACGAGCAAAUAUUUAACCAAAGAAAACAAGCACUAAUUUCUAAAAUUCAACAACUUUUAAGUAAAUGCCAAGUAACUAGUGCUACUUCAGUAGGCGACAAUUUUACUAGUAAAUUAACUACUCAAUUAUCUGCCAUUAAAAAAUUAGAACCCAAGGAUCAACAGGCUCUUUUACAAUUAGAGGAUGAUUUAAGAAAAGCAGAAAGUAAAUACAAUGAGAACUUAACUAAAUAUAAUGAUCCUAAUACCAGUUCAGAAGAAAAAAGUAAGUUAAUGCUACUGGUUAAUGAAGCUACUGAAGAAAUCAAAAAUAUAAGAAAAAAAUUGAAGUAUAAUCCACUCGUUAAUUUAGAAAGAUACAAUUAUUUAGAUGAUAUAGAAAAAUUAGUAAGUGGUGGUGCUCCUGAACCUUCUCCGACUAACCCAACUAAAAAUGCUAAGGAAAAAAAGGAAGUAGUUCAGGAACACAUAAUAACUCUAAUCCAUCAAAAA